AUGUCCUUCUUAAACACCAUCCGAGGUUUUGGAAGAAGUACCAAAAAAACCAAGAAAGAAUAUGAACCGCAAGGAGUGCUCUAUUCACAUACAAAUGGUUCGACGUCUCCACUCCGCCGCUCGCAACUGCCGGGCAAAAUCUCACCCGGAAAGCAGAGAUCAAGCCAGAUCCAAUUUACUCCGCUGUCACCAACCAGAAGACCCAGAAUGAACCGAUCUCGGCUGCCUCAACGGGAUGUGAUGACGUCUGGUGAAAGUUCACUGAAUGAGCCUCAGCUAUUUUUGUCUGAGCCUUUCGUAAAGACGGCAUUGGUCAAAGGAUCGUUCAAAACGAUUGUUCAAUUGCCUAAAUACGUGGAUUAUGGCGAGUGGCUUUCGCUUAAUAUCUUUGAGAUGUAUGGCCAUUUGAAUCUGUUCUAUGGUGUCAUCUCCGAGUACGUGACGCCUGAACAGUACCCAACCAUGAGGGCAGGGCCCAACACCAAUUAUCUCUGGAAAGAUACUAGUGGACAGGCUAUCAACUUGCCAGCUUGUCAGUAUAUCGAGUAUGUGUUGACGUGGAUAUCCAACAAGAUCAACGAUCAGACGGUAUUUCCGACGAAAACGGGCGGAGCAUUCCCUCCAAACUUCAUCAAGGACUGUAAGAACAUUGUGCGGCAGAUGUUCCGAAUCUUUGCCCACAUGUACCAUAACCACUUCGACAAACUUGUUCAUUUGUCGUUGGAGGCACACUGGAACUCGUUUUUUGCGCAUUAUGUCUCAUUUUGUAAGGAGUUCAACUUGCUAGACCGCAAAGAAAUGGCGCCUUUGCUACCGUUGAUAGAGAACCUUGAACAGCAAGGUAAGAUCAUCUAG